CACAUUCCUCCGAGCAAACAUGCCCUAUGUAUAUCCUAGGACACGUCGAGGGACUGUAAGACAACCAACCAGGACUACCCACGUCAUUCUAUAUCCACGUGGAAUAAUUCUAUUGGUCUAAACUCCUCCACACACGCGGCUUACUAAGUGUUAGUCUUCCUAUUUCAUUAAUUUCGCAAACUUGCCUCUCAACCAAGGUAACCCGUAUCACACGAUUCUCGAUCUCUCGCACUGUAUUCUCGGAUCCUCCGUCGGAGCUCCGACCGGAGAGUGAUUCACCGUGGCUCCGUCAGGCCAACACCAACAGCAAAACCUCUCGCGAAGGAAACCAUCUUCAUCCUCUUCAUCUUCGGGUCAACAAAGCGUAAUUUCGGGUCCGACACGAAUUGUGUACAGAGAAACCCUAAGGUCAUCGUCCGAUUCUGAUCUCAACUUGCCAUUUUGGCAACGGACUUGGUUCAUUGUGUUUCUUUUCCUCAUGGCACUCUCUUUCUUCGCUCUCGCCAUAUUUCUCUUCCUUACCCUAGAUUCUGACUACACUGCAUCUCCCGUUUCUGCUGCUUCUGAAGGCGUCCAGAUUACGUAUGGGUCAGUGAUCAAACUGAUGCAUGAGAGGACCAAAUUCCGGCUGCACUCGCACGAUGUGCCUUAUGGUUCUGGUAGUGGGCAGCAAUCAGUUACUGGCUUCCCGAAUGUUGAUGAUUCCAAUAGCUACUGGAUUGUCAGGCCCAUUCCAGACUUGAAUGCCAAACAAGGUGAUACCAUUAAAGGCGGAACAAUCAUUAGGUUGCAACAUAUGAAGACUAGGAAAUGGCUGCAUAGCCAUUUGCAUGCAUCCCCAAUUUCAAGCAACAUGGAGGUGAGUUGCUUUGGAGGUGAAGGUGAAUCUGACACUGGUGAUUACUGGAGGCUUGAAAUUGAAGGAAGUGGUAAAACUUGGAGGCAAGAUCAAAGGAUCAGGCUUAAUCAUGUGGACACCAGGGGAUAUCUACACAGUCAUGACAAGAAAUAUACACGUAUAGCCGGGGGUCAGCAAGAGGUUUGUGGUGUACGAGAUAAGCGUGCUGAUAAUAUUUGGUUGGCCGCAGAGGGGGUGUACCUUCCAAUCAAUGAAGGCAAGUAGGGAUUAGCUUUUGAGUAUUUUUUUAGCUGGUGGUUGGUGAAUGUAGGCGUGUAUCUGUUAUCUUCUCCGAGUGAGUGAAGAUUCUAAGCGUUUUUUUGAAUAUCAUAUAUUGCUGAUAGAAAUAUAUAGAGACUGGCUAACUAUCAUUAUAUCCCUAUCAAUUUUAUGUUCUAUUGACUCAUUUGAUGCUUAAAAUGGUCUGUAUUAGAUGCUGGCUCAUGGUUUCAUUUUUGCAAUGUUGGUUUUAAUGAAACCAUUGUGCUGAAUUCACGUGUUCAUAAAAAAAGAAGAAAGAAACCAUCGUGCUGAAUCCUAAAGGCC